AUGCGCCGAAAUACAGGUAUUAAAAUACUUAAAUGUCAAAAAGUAGACUUACACGAUGGUAAAGUAACAUUGAUUAAUUUAGAAGAAAAUAGUGAAGGUAAUGAUGAUCUAAAGAAUGAAAAACAUAUUCAUACACAUCUAGAUAAAUCAGUGCCAAAUUUAGAUAUUAUGGAUGAAAUGAGAAAUAUAUUUGAAGGGGAAGAUAAAGAAGAAAAACUGAAAGCAAAACUAUCCUCUACAAAACUAUUGACUGAAGAAGAACUUAUUAAGAUGCUGGAAUUAGAAGAUGAGUAUACAGAAGAAGAAAGUGAUCAGGAAAAUCUAUCAGAUGAUUGCUUAUAUUCUGACGCGAGUGAAGACGCGACGCAAAUAAGUGAAGAUGGGACAAAAUUGAGCGAAAAUAAUAAUAUAAAUUUUAAUGAAACAUUACAAUUAACUGAUGAUGAAUGGAAAAGUGAACGUGAUCCUACUAUUGUACCUAUAGAUUUUGAUGGAUACGAAAAAAAACUCAAAAUAUUGCCUGAAACAAAUGAACCAUACGGCUAUUUAAAAUUGAUUGCGACUGAUGAGUUUUUUACAAUGAUAUGGCUAAAACCCAAACUGAAAAUCUUCACAGAAUUGCUCAAGAUGUCUCAGUAA